GAAUCAGCUUCGAGUAACUCGAAAAAAAAACGCUUGUAUUAAAAAAGGAGUUUUGGGUGAAUUUACUGUUUAAAAUAGUACACAAAUAUUUUUGAUGACCAUCCCAAAGUUUUCACUGGAAAAGUCUAAUUUGUUUUAAAACUAAGUAAAAAUACUGGAAAGUCACAUCUUUUUUCUGUAUUGAACGUCUAAUAGGUCGAAACAAUGCGUGAAUACAAAAUAGUAGUGCUUGGCAGCGGUGGUGUUGGAAAAUCUGCUUUAACAGUACAAUUUGUCCAGGGUAUCUUUGUUGAAAAGUAUGAUCCUACAAUUGAAGACAGUUAUAGAAAGCAAGUGGAAGUGGAUGGACAACAGUGUAUGUUAGAAAUUUUAGACACUGCAGGAACUGAACAAUUUACUGCCAUGCGAGAUCUUUACAUGAAAAAUGGACAAGGAUUUGUCUUAGUGUAUUCAAUUACGGCACAAUCAACAUUCAAUGACUUACAGGAUUUAAGGGAACAAAUUUUACGUGUCAAAGAUACUGACGAAGUACCGAUGGUGUUAGUUGGUAAUAAGUGCGAUUUAGAGGAAGAACGUGUCGUUGGUAAGGAUUUGGGCAAAAGUUUAGCUAAUCAAUUUAAUUGUGCGUUUAUGGAAACUUCGGCAAAGGCAAAAAUUAAUGUUAAUGAUAUAUUUUAUGACUUAGUACAACAAAUAAAUAAAAAAUCGCCGGAAAAGAAGCAAAGCAAAAAGAAAAAAUCAAUAUGCUGCCUACUGUAAAGGAAUUCCUUUUAAUUAAAAUAAAAUAACAUCAAUUUAAAAAAAAAGUUUAUCUUAAAAGAUCAGUCAUAGUUUGGCGUAUUAGUUAAAAAAAAUAAAAGAAAGUAUAUUAAAUUGAAAUAUAUAUUAAAAAUAUUAAUGUUUUACCGCAAAGAAACAAUUAAAUUAAAUCGUUACAAGUUUCAUGAAGACAUGAACAUCAGUGUUAAGAUAAAACAAAUAACGUCAACCAUUCAGAAAAUAGUUACAUGUAGAAACUUGACUGUUAAAAGUGAAUAUGAAAAAAUCAAUGUUAGUAUAGAACACGAGAAAACUAUUAUUAUCAUUUUAUACAUGUACAUUAUGCGCAUCUUUAAUCCGAUUAUUGAUACAUAUGUGAUUAAAAAUACUAGAUUGCUUGUUAACGUUUAAAAAAACUAAAAAAAAAAACCAUAUCGUCCAAUUUUUGAUUUUGUAGAUUACUUUGCACUGGCAUAAAUUUUUCAAAAAUUGCACAAAAAAUAAAUCAAUAAUGUUUUUUCCCUUCAGAUUGGAAUAUUGUUAAGCUUUUAAAAAUUAUAGGGUACGCCUUCGAAGUCUAUUGCCAAUAAUCGUCAAAUAUAUUGUAACGUUUAUUCUUUAAGUAAUGUAAUUUUUUAUACUAUUUCUGUUAUUCCAAUUAUUAUUCUAACUUGGUUAGUUGAAGUUCAUUUAUAAGUACAUACUUUAAACCUAGACAAGGAGACUGUAAAAUGUAAGCAGAAAGUUAUUCACAACAACAUAGUAAUUUUAUAAAUAUCAUUAAUUUACUUACUCAAACAAUUGUCAAUCCAACUUUUUGCCAAAUAUAAAAUAAUUCAGCGAAAAGCCAACAUCUUUUCAUAGUGAAAAAAAAAUCGAAAAGUAUAACAACAAAAAACAAAUGAUUUAUCUUAAAUGUGGAAAAAAUCGUUAGUCUAAAGUUUAUAGUUUUCCCUUAAAGUCUUUUAUUUGUAUUUAUACUUUUCGAUUUGUAUUUUAAACUAUAUGUGUGCUCGCACCGUAACAAAAGAAACGUCUAAAAUCACUAAACAAAUUAUUUUCCGAAACUGUGAUCUUAGAAUAUUAAAAUCACGUUUUAAUUUACAUUUGUCGAUUAAAAUUAAUUGAUGUGACUCUUUGUAAGCUUUUAAAAUGCAAAGCAAAUUAAAUUGAACCAUAGGUGAUGUAGAACACAAACAAACAUAAAAAAAAACGGAAUGUUGUGAAAGAUGUUGAAAUUAAUUUUACUUUAAAUACAUUUGCAAUUGGAUCUUCAAUAAAAUAUAAAUAUAUAGUUAUUCAAAAAAAAACAAAAAAAACAAAAAAAUUAAAAGUAAUAAAAAUAUGGAAUAAACCCAGACGAAUAUAUUGCAUAUAUAUAUACAUAUAUUUUCCUAAAACUGA